AUGUCGCAAUUCACAGGUUUUGGCGUUGAAGUCGAGCUUAAAGAUGGGAAAGUCAUAAGUGGUAAGGUGGCAAAGGCCAAUAGCAAGUCUUUGACGCUGUCGGAUGUUGUAUUCAGCGACGGAGGCGUUUCUCAGGUUUUCAAAGUAAAAGCUUCACGUCUGAGAGACUUAAAAGUUGUGAGCACGCCUCGUAAAGAGAAUCGUAAAAAGCAAAACAAUCCCAGCCCGCCCCAGGGAGACUGGCAAGAUGAUGAUGCGGCCCAGAUCAAGCAACAAACUGAUUUUGACUUUGAGGGCAAUCUACGCAUGUUCAACAAACAAGACGUUUUCGCGCAACUACGAGCGCAGGACGAAACCGAAGUAAGCGAUCGGCUCGUGUCCCAUAACAAACGGGAACGUGAUCCAGAGUCCAAGCUACAACCGGACGAGCUGGUUUUGCCCAAUGCAAAGCAGGACAACUGGGACAAUUUGGAAGAAGAAUCGGCGCAGUCGGAAUAUUUACCUAUAACGAAGUCCAUCAACAUAACACAUUUGUUGCAAGGUGCCGCUGCAAAUAACAAAGCUGAAUCAAAUGGAGCAGCAGUCGAAGACCAUGUACUUUCGCAAUUGCAGAAAGCGCUUUCACGUACGGGAUCCGUGUCACGGCCCGCAGAGUUUACCGUUGAGGGAACCAAGUCACCUGUACCUUGCGCUACACCUGUGCAACUUUUGGAAAUCGAGCGUUUGUGUGCCGAAAGGUUCUGUUUCUCGCCUAAGCUCUCCUUGGAACAUUGGGCCGUUCACAUGUCUCGCUUUGUAAAACAGAGACUGGGCGGUCGCGUGCGUUUGCACGCGUGCAAUACAAAUCCCGAACCGCUAGUCGUGGUGCUGGCUGGUGACAACAGGUGUGGUACGCGCGGGGUCGCGUUGGCACGCCUGCUGUGCCAGUCGUCGCUUGUGCGAACCAUUGCGCUUUUCACAAACGAACCCGAGGACUCAGAACUUCGCGACCAAGUCGCUCUUUUUCAGUUGUGCGGUGGUAAAGUGGUUGACUCCGUCUCGGGACUGAAUGCCAUGCUGGACAAACUGAACUCUCCGGUUGAGAUCGUCAUUGACGCCAUGCAGGGAUUCGACUGCAGCUUGCAGGACCUGUGUUCUGCGUCGGGCGAUGAACGUCGUGUCGACAAAAUGAUUCGCUGGUGUAACGAACAACAAUCCGUAUACUCCUUGGACAUUCCAAGCGGUUACGACGCUGGCAGUGCGCUGCCCGCGUUCCCAGUCCAGGUAAAGCCCUCGAUGGUCAUUUCGAUGUGCUGGCCCUUGGCCGGCCUGUUCAAUUACGUGAGCCAGCAACCCGAGAACAGCAUAGAAUUGUACCUCGUCGACGUCGGAGUUCCUCAAGCGGUUUACGCACAGCGUAGUGCUCUACGGAAGUUUCAAAUUCCUGAUUUGUUCACGACGGAAGGCGUUAUUCAACUGGAAUAA